AUGCAUAAAGUAAAUUCAAAAACACUUGGUGAAUCUGCAUCCAUAUCGGAAGGUUCACCUAUAGGAGGAGGAGUACCUCUUUCCACGCUGAGCGAAAGAACCGCUCCUCCCUUCAGUGCCUUUAGGACCCCCUUUAUCAAUACCGGUCGGUGGAAUAACGUCGAAGAAGAAGGAGAUGUGUUUGGGGUCAAGCAGUUUGUUGAAGAAUUGGAAAAAUGUGGUCAGGAAGCCUUUGUACAAAGAGGCGUUGCCGAUCUUUAUGACAACUACUAUGAUCCUUAUCCUGCUUGGGGUCCAAAAAAGGAUGUUCCCAUGACAAAGGAUCGUAUUCAGUUGAUCUUUGUCAGAAUUUCCAAAAUAUUCGGAUUCCAGUUUGACAGCUCAAGAAACAUGUAUGACUAUUUAAUGAGAAUGCUUGAUUCUAGGGCCUCAAGGAUGACCCCUGAUAAGGCUUUGAUGAGCUUACAUGCUGAUUACGUCGGAGGUAAUAACUCAAAUUACAAGAAGUGGUAUUUCGGCUGUCAGAUGGAUAUAGAAGAUAGUUUAAAUGUUGCAGAGGCCAGGAAUCAUGCUGAAUGUGACACGACUACUGCCACUGUUCCUCCUCCUCUCUUGAAAACGUCAUCACAAGCAAGAAGGGAAAAGGAUUUCCCUUUAAAAGUCACAGAAGAGCAAUGGGAAAAGAAUAUAUUCUACUCGCUUGAUUUCUCUAAAGAGAUGCCUCCGUUGACCAACAACUUUUUGGACCAUGCCAUAAGCCCACUCUAUAACUUCUACCAUGAUCAACUAUACGAAAAGGUCGGUGGUAACUAUCUUCUUAGGGAUAAAGAUCACUCCAAGAUCAUUGGAUAUGAUGACAUCAAUCAAACAUUUUGGUUUAGAAAAAGCUUGGAGAGGAUUGAGCUUCACAGUAGACAGAAGUUGUUUGAUAUUCCUUCUCACGAAAGAUAUCUCUAUCUCGACCAAAUAAACUGGAAUAAGUCCACCAGAAAAACCUAUUACGAGUAUCGUUCUUGGUUCCAUGUUUUGGUCAACUUCAAUCGAAUUUGGAAUAUUCACAUCGGUAUUUUCUGGUAUUACACAUGCUUCAAUUGCAGACCGCUAUAUACAGAAGAUUAUGACAUCUCAGUAGACAAUAAACCUACACUGAGUGCCUUCCUUUCUGCAUUAUCAUUUGCUGGUUCCAUAGCUUCAUUCAUAAACUUGGUUUCAUUAAUUGGCGAACUCAGUUUUGUUCCAAGAAGAUAUCCUGGAGCCCUCCCUAUUCUCUCCAGACUUGUCUUCACCGUUUCCCUUUUCGCCUUGAACACAGCACCUUCAAUUUAUCUUUUUGGAUUCAAAGGGCUUUCAUAUACUAGCUCUCCAGUCUUGAUGAUGUCAAUGGCCCAAUUUAUCUUCUCCUUGUUCACCUUUGUCUAUUGUUCCGCUACUCCCUUGGCUCUACUCACCUCCAAUCCCUUGAAAGUCGGAAAUAGAAGAUUUCUUUCUAAUAGCUACUUCACCAAUUCUAUUUGCAAGUUGCAAGGUAAGCGUGCGUUUGCAUCGUACUGUCUCUGGAUUGGUGUUUUUUCCUCAAAGCUCUUAGAGUCUUACUUCUUCUUGACUUUAAGUUUGAAGGAUCCCAUCCGAGAGCUUAGUGUGAUUAAGGUUGAUCGAUGUAUCGGAGAAGAAUACUUCGGUCCUUUACUUUGUAAGAGGCAGCCUAUCAUCAUUAUGGCUCUUUUAUUUUUUACCAGCAUGAUCCUAUUCUUUCUCGAUACUUACCUAUGGUAUAUCAUCUGGAAUACUGCUUUCUCUGUUUGUCGGGCAUUCUACUGUGGUGUUUCUAUUUGGACACCAUGGAAAAGCCUGUUUGUUCUUAUGCCUAAGAGAAUUGCCUCAAAAAUCCUUAAUCCCAAGGUUCUGCUCCAGUCUUCAACUGUGGCAAGAAAGGCUCUGAUUUCAAAGGUGUGGAACUCUAUUGUUGUUUCUCUGUACAGACUGCAUUUGGUUUCCAUUGAGAACUUGGAACACCUAAUCUAUCAAUUUACUACCAAUGAUCAUGGAGAGAGCAUCAUUACUGAACCAUUAUUCUUCAUUGAAAAGGAGGACAAGCAUCACGUAGCAUUUGACGGGGAGGAGAUCCUGAACCCCGACAGCGAAGCGAAUCGUCGUCUUUCAUUCUUUGCCCAUUCUUUGUCUACCCCGAUGCCAAAGGCCCCAUUCGUUGAACAAAUGCCAACAUUUUCCGUUCUUAUUCCUCAUUAUAAGGAAAAAAUCACGUUGUCUCUUCAAGAAAUCAUUCGUAAAGAGAACGAGCACUCAAACAUUACGCUAUUGGAGUACUUGAAACAUCUCUACCCAGAUGAAUGGCACAACUUUGUCAGAGACACCAAGCUUCUCGCUGCAGAAAAGAAACCCUACGUUGAAGAGAAGCUUGGCUCCGGAGGUAGUGAUUCCGGUGACCUUCCUUAUUAUACUGUUGGCUUUAAGGCUGCCACACCAGAGUAUAUAUUGAGAACCAGAAUCUGGGCAUCUUUACGCAGUCAAACAUUAUUCAGAACCAUUUCUGGAUUUAUGAAUUAUGCCCGAGCCAUCAAACUUCUCUAUUCAAUAGAAUGCAAUGAUUUGGAAGGUAUAGGCGAAGAAGAAAAGACAGAGAGAGCUAAUGUUGUCGCCGAGAGAAAAUUCCGAAUCGUCACAUCCCUUCAAAAGAUGGCAGACUUUGACGAAGAGCAAGAAGAGGCCAAAGAGUUCCUUCUUCGCACUUAUCCAGAGCUUCAGAUCGUUUAUUUGGAUACGGAGAUCGACCCUCAGAAUGGAGAAAAGACUCAUUAUUCAGCCCUCAUUGAUGGCAGCUCUGACAUCAAUGCCAACGGCCAGCGGAAACCGAAGUAUAGAAUUAGACUCUCUGGAAAUCCUAUUCUUGGUGACGGUAAAUCUGAUAAUCAAAAUCACGCUAUCAUAUUUUGCAGGGGGGAGUACUGUCAGUUGAUUGAUGCCAAUCAAGACAACUAUCUCGAGGAGUGCUUGAAGAUUCGUAGUUUGCUCAUGGAAUUUGAAGAGAUGACUCCAUCUGCUGACAGCUAUGGGCCUGUCCACGAUCCUGUUGCAAUUGUAGGCACCAGAGAAUACAUUUUCUCGGAAAAUGUUGGUGUUUUAGGAGACGUUGCUGCGGGCAAGGAGCAAACGUUUGGAACACUUUCUGCCAGAACAUUGGCCUUUGUCGGUGGAAAAUUGCAUUACGGACACCCAGAUUUCCUCAACACCAUCUUUAUGACUACCAGAGGAGGUUUCUCUAAGUCUCAGAAAGGAUUGCACUUGAAUGAAGAUAUCUAUGCUGGUAUCAAUGCCACUUUGAGAUCCGGCAAAAUCAAGCAUUGUGAGUACUUGCAAUGUGGCAAAGGCAGGGAUUUAGGAUUCGGAUCCAUACUAAACUUUACAACAAAAAUCGGGUCGGGAAUGAGUGAACAGAUGCUUUCCAGAGAGUACUUCUACCUGGGAACGCAGCUUCCUUUGGACCGGUUCCUUUCAUUCUACUAUGCCCACCCUGGGUUCCAUAUGAACAACGUAUUCAUCAUGCUCUCCUUACAGCUCUUCAUGCUCUUCUGUAUCAAUUUGGCAGUUUUAGCAGACAACGCCAUAAUAUGCAGUUAUGACAAGGAUAUUCCGUUUACAGACAAGAGAUCUCCUCCAGGUUGUUACAAUUUGGUUCCAGUGAUCGAAUGGGUUCAGCGGUGCGUGUUUUCUAUCUUCAUGGUAUUCGGUAUCUCUUUCAUCCCACUCUGUGUUCAAGAGUUGAUGGAAAGAGGUAUCUGGAAAUGCGUUUCCAGAAUCAGCAAACAUUUCGUAUCAUUGUCACCAAUGUUUGAGGUAUUUGUGUGCAGAGUUUAUUCUCAAUCACUUGUGAACAACUUUUCCCUCGGUGGGGCCAAGUACAUUGGAACUGGAAGAGGCUUUUCAACGACAAGAACUCCGUUCCAUAAGCUUUAUUCCAGGUUUUCACAGGAAAGUUUCUAUCUUGCCAGUGGAAUGUUUCUCAUGUUACUUUAUACUUCAUUGGUUAUGUGGAAGUUUAGUCUUGUGUACUUCUGGUGCACAGUAGGCUCGCUACUCUUCUCUCCUUUCUGGUUCAACCCAAACCAGUACAGUUUCAGCGAGUUCUUUAUCGACUACCGAAGAUUCCUUAAAUGGUUAACCACGGGUAACGUGAAAACCAGAAAGGACAGCUGGCAAUCACAUGUAAGGGACACAAGGAUGAGAAACACAGGAUCCAAGAGGAGAAGAAAAUUGAAUAACUUGGACGUGUUAGUCUCCAACAACAAGCGACCUUCUCUAUUGACCUCGUUGAUCUCACAGUUUUUCCCGGCAUUGAUUUCGACUUUCAUGGUAUGCUCAGCAUUUCUAUUCGCCAACUCUCAGAACGAGGUGCGUUCUGGUUCUACUACGAACUCGUUUCUAAGACUUGCUGUGGUGUCCAUUGGUCCCAUAGCAGCAAAUACGGUAAUUUUGGGAGUACUUUUUGUAGUUUCGUUGGUUAUUGGACCAGUUUUCUCCUGCUGCACUAAGAAAGUAUCCGAACUAGUUGCUAGCUUGGCACAUCUCUUGUCUGUGGUCAAUUAUCUUUUCUUUUUUGACUUCUUGCUUCUCUGCCAGAAUUGGAAUAUUUCAAAGACCAUCUUGGGAGUCUGUGCAUCAUGCUGUGUACAAAACCUUGUUUUCAAGCUCAUUACGAUUUUUGCAUUGAGCCGAGAGUUGAAAACUGAUAGCACCAACAGAUCGUGGUGGACAGGUAUGUGGAUCAAUUCGCAUUUGGGAUGGCACAUUUUCACACAGCCAUUGAGAGAAUACGCAUGCAAAACCAUUGAGAUGUCAAUGUUUGCAUGUGACUUCUUAGUUGCUCAUAUAAUUCUUGUGUGCCAACUUCCAGUGUUGUUCAUUCCAUACAUCGACAAGUUACACUCGUUUCUUCUUUUAUGGUUGAAGCCGGAAGAUACGCUCAGAAGACCAGUGUAUUCAUCCAACAAGAGAAAGAUUCGGAACCGCAUUACGGUAUCCUACUUUUUAUUGUUUGUGCUUGUCAAUCUUUCCAUUUUCACCACAGUGGCCGUUCCGUAUAUUGCUGCAAAGGUUUUUGGAGUCGACUUUGACCAAUUUGUUCCACAGUUUGCCGUAUCUCUUCUUCAACCAGUUGAGGCAAUCAAUGACAAGAAAGGAUUAAAGAAUUAUGUUGCAUUUGAACGGCUCUGA